CGGGUCCGGGAGAGUCGCGGGGCGCUGAGAUGCGGGGAUGUCUCGGGAUCCGAGGGUGUCCUGAGGCAGGUGGGAGCCGGGGCGCUGAGGUUAGGAGGGAUUUCGGGGUCCUGCAAUGUCCCGGGGAGGAUGGGUCCGGGAGCGCCAACGUCCCGGGAUGUACCGGGGGUGCCCCGGGAUCCGGAGAGGUCCAGGGGCGUGGGGGUCCGGAGAUGGCCCGGGGUCCAAGGGAAUCCCAGGAGAGGCUGUCCGGGAUUGUCCCGGGGUCCGGUAGAACGGGGGAUGCUGAGGUCCGGGUGGGUCCCAGGCAUCGAGAUUGCCCCAGGAUCUGGGAAGGUCCCGUUAUCCGGAGUGCUCCUGGGGCAGGGGAGUGCGGGGAUGCUGCGGGGUCCGGGCGCUUCCCAGGAGGGCAGCGCAGCCGUGUGGGAACCUCUGGGCUCCUCCGCGCUCCCAUUAACUGUUCCCCGCAAGAGCGGCGGGAGCGAAGCCCCGGGACACAUCCCGGGCACUGGCGACAGCCCGGCGGGCUCCAGGCGGCAGCAGCGGGACGAGCCCGUCAGAGGACGGGGCGGGGCCGAUCCCGCAUCCCGGUAGUACCGGGAGGCCCAGCGGCAUCACCGCGAACGUUGCCCCGAAGUCCACUAAUUAAUUAUUAACGGCGGGUAAGGACAAUAUCGGGACAAGUCGCUCCAGGGUCCAGUGCUGAUCCCGGUGCCGGUGUCGCUGCCGAGGAUGUGGCUGUACGCGGUGGCUUUGCUGCUGGGGCUGUUCCUGCUGCGGCGCUGGCACCGGGAGCGGCAGACGGUGUCGGGGCUCUCGGAGAAGCACGUGCUGAUCACAGGAUGUGACAGUGGCUUCGGGAGCCUGCUGGCUCGGCAGCUGGACUCGCGGGGGAUCCGGGUGCUGGCCGCCUGCCUGACCGAAGCCGGGGCCGCGCAGCUGCGGGCGGCCACCUCCAACCGGCUCCAGACCGUCCUGCUGGAUGUCACCUCCAGCAAGAGCAUCGCCGAUGUCACCGCCUGGGUCCGGGAGCGUGUGGGUGAUCGAGGUCUCUGGGGACUGGUGAACAACGCAGGGAUCGCCAUCCCCACCGGCCCGAACGAGUGGCUGACCAAGGAGGACUUUGUCAAGGUGCUGAAUGUCAACCUGGUCGGGCUGGUGGAGGUGACGCUGAGCCUCCUGCCGCUGCUGCGGCGGGCGCGGGGCCGUGUGGUCAAUGUGGCCAGCGUGAUGGGACGCGUGUCCUUCUUUGGUGGUGGGUACUGCCCCUCCAAGUACGGUGUGGAAGCCUUCUCUGACAGCCUCAGGCUUGAGAUGCGCGGCUUCGGAGUGAAGGUCUGUGUGAUCGAGCCGGGCUACUUCAAAACAAUGAUCACCAACGUUGACAACCUGGAGAAGAAUUUUUAUACCAGCUGGCAGAAGCUUCCAGAGGAAAUCAAAACGACUUAUGGGGAGGGUUACUUGAAGCAGUUUGUGGCAAUGCUCAAGCUGCUGCAGAGGACCUACAACUCCGACCUGUCGCUGGUCACCAACUGCAUGGAGCAUGCACUGACCAGCCUCCACCCCCGCAGCCGCUACUCUGCCGGCUGGGACGCCAAGCUGCUCUACCUCCCCCUCAGCUACCUGCCCUCAGCCCUCAGCGACGCCCUGUUCACCUUGUUCUACCCCAAAUCUGUUGGGAAAGCCUAAAGUGGGGAUGCAGUGGGCAGCCAGGACCAGAGUGGGAUCCAGAAUCAACAGCACAUGGAGGUCCCUGAAUUUGUAACUGCAUACACGUCUGACCCUCUGUCCCCUCCUUACCCAUGGGUUUGUCCUGAAUAAAGAUCCCCUGUCCCCUC